ACCUAUCACUCGGAACGAAAAGAUUCUGCGUAAUCGGACCAUCUACCGGCAUCCGGAACAUGCGUAUCCGUGCAGUAUCUUCCUUCGACAAGUUGAUGAAACUUUAACUUUAUGCCACAACAAUUUCUUUGAAGUGAUGACGAUUUGCCGUGGCUGCUUACAGAAAGAUCCGGAUAUUUUACUUUCGCUUGCGAAACUCGUUCAAAAUGUAUCGCUUGAGACGAUGUUCAGGGUUCUCACCGGGUUGAGCGUGUCCGCAGAUAGCGGAUUUCCGGGGUACGUUUGCCAGGAAUGCGCUCGAGGUCUUGUUGCAUCAUACAACCUCCGUACUCAAUUUUUACAAUCCGAUGAAUACUUUCGUUCAACGGUUGCCCCACAACAGUCCAAAGAAUAUUUUUCGGAGAAACUCGCCGAAGAUGGGAAUUUCAUCGAUGAAGAAGGGACAGAUGAUGAUGCUUUGUUCAGGAUCGAGCCCCCACUUGAUGAGGAUGCACAUUCAAGGCCCGCAGAAACGUUACUGUUUACUAAGACAUUGAGCAUUGAACCCUUACUUGAAGCGUUGGAUGGAAGAGCUAGACAAAGUCCGGAAAGCUCAUGCGAACAGCAGAUUUCAUGCGACGAGAAAAAGAACGAGUUUGAACGCAUGGAAGUCUCGGCAUCGUUGACUGAUGACACUGAUAAGCAGUUAACGUACAACGAACAAGAAGUAAUGUACGAAAACGUAGAAUAUCUACUCGACGUGAUGUGUUGCGGAUGUCCCGGCGAGGUAUUUGCCUGCAAGGAUGAUUUGCAGAAGCAUUCGGAAGAGGUUCAUCGUAAGGAUCGCUUCAUGAGCAACACUGUGAAACCGUACGAGUGUGAUGUAUGCUACAAACGAUUCUCUAUCCCCGCAAAACUGGUCUACCACCAGAAGCGCAUGUACAACGAGGCCAAAUAUUCCUGCCAGGAGUGUGGAAUCCGAUUCAACUCCCGGGCUACCUUACUGAACCAUCGUAAAGCGGUACACAUAAGAGUUCGCUCGUAUACGUGCGAUAUUUGCCAGAUGGCAUUCUAUACCAGCAGUACACUUAGCUCCCACAGGAAAGGCGUACACAGCGCGAAGCAGUUCAAGUGCGGCAAGUGUGAUAAAAAAUUCACCCGUCGAUCGGAUUUACUGCUGCACGAGAUGACACACAGCGAUGAGCGGCCUUUUGCGUGCGACCAUUGCUCGAAACGGUUCAAAACGGUUGCGCAUUUGCGUCACCAUCAGCUUGUGCACACGGGUAAUCGACCGAUCAAGUGCAAGUACUGUGGCGAAGGGUUCGCUACGUACAGUGACCGUCGGGUUCAUCAGUUGAAGCACGAGAACAUCGACGCCUAUCCCUGUCCGUACUGUGGGCAGGCUUUCCAGCGCAACUAUAAGCUUCAAGUGCACAUCCGCAAGACUCACACGUUCGAGCGACCGUUUGAGUGUGGCCUUUGUGACAGUAAGUUCACGCAACGGUGGGAACGAACGAAGCAUUGUGAAAAGGAGCACACCGUUCAAGGUGCCAUCGAUAAACCAUCGACGGGGACAAUAGAUAGCCAACGUGUUUAGGAUUCAUUCAUAGUUUUUUGUAGAGAUGAUACGACAACUCAUAUUUAUUGUACACCUUUUUU